AUGCUAGAAAUACCAACUGUGUACCCAACAAAGGAGGAGUUUGAUCAUCCAUUGGAUUAUCUGUCCCAGCCUAGGAUAAAAAGGCUAGGGAAGAAUUUUGGCAUGAUUAAGUUGAUUCCACCUCAAAUUGUAGACAACUUAUCGAUAGAUGUCAAAACUUUUCGGUUCAAUGUUCGACUACAACACCUAUCUCAGCUUCAAAUUGUCAAUAGAUGUCGCCUGCUCUUCUUUAAGCAACUCAACAACUUCAAUUUGAGUAAAAAGAAGAAGUUGGUUCCAUAUUGUUACGUUACGACAGACGUUACUAACCAAAGACUUUUCUUAUACGAUAUAUUCAUUGAGGUUCUGAGAUUCUAUUCCAAUGAUGAUAAUCUAGUUUAUCGCGAUAUUAAACAUAUUGUGUCGGAUGCUGCAUUAUGGAGACAUUUAAUGAAAAAGUUUCAGGUAAAUGUACAUCCAAUUUUUGAGGCCUAUCUAAAUGAUUACUACGUUUAUCUCACUCAAAACAGGUAUAUCAUUCCAGAUAUUUACCCUAAAUCCUUAUUAGAAGGUCCUGAUUCGCAAGACGACAGCUCUGAGGAUGGUGAGGAUGACGAAUAUUGCUUGGUUUGUCAUCAUGACAGUCAUCUGAUAAUGUGUGACUCAUGUGGUAAAUGGUUUCAUUCCUACUGCACUCGGAUAUCUAAUGGCAUUUGUCAAAACUGCAUUAUAGGUAAUGGUUACUACGGAUUUAGGGUGGAAAAAGAACAGUAUAUGAUUGACGAAUUUGAGAAAUUAUUUUGUUCAGAUGAUGUAGAGACUCCAGAUAUUCCAAAACUUGAAAAUGAGUUCUGGUCCAUUGUAAAUAACAUAGAUAAUAAUAAAAUUGUAAGGUAUGGAGCAGAUUUGCAAAUGAGAAAUACAAAAGUCAGUUCCAUGCAUCCAAUGAAUUUGAGUAAUCUUCCAACCUGCGCAGAGUCAUUAUUCAAUAAUUUAUCGACGAAAAACAUAUCUGGAAUGACUAUACCAUGGCUCUAUGUUGGUUCAAAAUUUUCGACGUUUUGUUGGCAUGUGGAAGAUCAAUAUACUUAUAGCAUAAAUUAUCAGUAUAAAGGUUGUUCGAAAGUGUGGUAUAGUAUACCGGAGUUCUAUAAAGAAAAGUUUGAAAGGCAAUUGAGAAAAAGAGCGCCAGAUCUGUUUGUUAAGCAACCUGAUCUGAUGCACCAGUUAAUUUCUUUGAUAUCUCCAUAUGAGCUUGAACAGAUACCGGUGUUCAAAGCAAUUCAAAACCCAAAUGAGUAUAUAAUAACGUUUCCUAAAUGCUAUCAUUCAGGUUUUAAUACCGGCUUCAAUUUGAACGAAGCGGUCAAUUUCAUUACUGAAGAUUGGUUGAAGUAUGGUAUUCAAUCAAUAAACGACUACAAAAUAACCAAAAAACAAUCAAUUUUUGAUUGCUUUGAAUUGGUUAUCAAUAUUUUGAGAGAGUUUUCAUAUGAUGCAACUAAUACUCAUAAUGUAUCCUUUGUUAGAUCAUGCUACUCAAGUUUAUUGACAGUUUAUAAUAAAAAUUUGAGGAUGAGUAGGAAAAUUUUAAGCUUGUUGGAGACUAGCGUAUUGGUAUCUAACUUUGAUGAUUUAGGAAUUACAGACGAUUAUAUAUUUUGUUCUAGCUGCGGUACUAUUUGUUCAUGGUCCUUUGUCCUACACAAUAAAAAUUCAGCAAAUGAUUUGAGCCCAAACAAGAAAAGAAGAGUAAUUACGAUGGACACUAGUAAUAUUGCGAAGGGUGAGGUAUAUUGUUUGGAGGAUUAUUCGAAGAUGUUGGAGAGAGAUCCAUUACUCCUUCAUCCAUACGAUAAACUGUAUUAUAGCAAGGCUUUUAGAGAAGUUAGUCAAUUACUGAAGCAGUCAGGCACUAAGCUAGAUAAAAUGUAA